AUGGGGGUCGCCGCCGGCUGCAGCGCCCACCUGGGGCCGGCGCCCGCGGGCCGCCUGCCGCGCGCCCUGCUCCUGCUUCAGCUGCUGCUGCUUGUCGUGGCCCCGGGGACCGCGCAGGCCCAGGCCGCGGAGUUCCCGGAGCUGUGCAGUUUUAUAUGGGAAGCUGUUGAUACCAAAAAUAGCAUACUUUAUAAAAUCAGCAUCUGUGGAAAUGUGGACAUCGGUCAGUGUGGGCCGUCCAGUGCUGUUUGUAUGUACGACUUGAAGACUGGCACCUACCGCUCAGUGGGCGACUCUCUUUUGAAAAGUGCAACCAGGUCACUUCUGGAAUUCAACACGACCCACAGCUGUGAUCAGCAAGGCACAGGCCACAGAAUCCAGAGCAGCAUCACCUUCCUGUGUGGGAAAACCCUGGGAACUCCUGAAUUUGUGACUGCCACAGAGUGUGUGCAUUACUUUGAGUGGAGGACCACUGCAGCCUGCAAGAAGGACAUCUUUAAAGCUAAUAAAGAGGUGCCGUGCUAUGUGUUUGACAAAGAGUUAAAGAAGCAUGAUUUAAAUCCGCUCAUCAAGAUAAGUGGUGGCUACUUGGUGGACGACUCUGAUCCGGACACUUCUCUAUUCAUCAAUGUCUGUAGGGACAUAGACUCACUCCGGAAUUCGAGUCCACAGUUGCGGGCCUGUCCUGCUGGCACUGCUGCCUGCCUACUGAGAGGGGACCAGGCAUUCGACGUUGGCCAGCCCAAGGAGGGACUGAAGCGAGUGAGCGAAGACAGGCUUGUCCUGAGUUACGUGAAGGAAGGGCCAGGAAAGCCAGACUUCUGUGACGGUCACAGCCCCGCAGUGACGAUUACAUUCAUGUGCCCUUCGGAGCGGAGAGAGGGCACCAUUCCUAAACUCACUGCUAAAUCCAAUUGCCGUUAUGAAAUCGAGUGGAUUACCGAGUACGCCUGCCACAGGGAUUACCUGGAGAGCAAAAACUGUUCUCUGAGCAGUGCACAGCACGACAUCGCCGUGGACCUCAGACCCCUGGCCCAGCCUGGAGGGUCCCCCUAUGCUUCUGAUGGAAACGAGUAUACGUUUUAUGUGAACGUCUGUGGAGAAGCCGAGAUUCCGGUCUGCAAUAACAAAGGGGCUGCAGUUUGCCAAGUGAAAAAAAAGGAUACCACUCAGGUUAAAGCAGCAGGGAGACACCAGAGCCAGAUCCUCCGGUACUCCGAUGGAGACCUCACACUGAUAUAUUUUGGAGGCGAUGAAUGUAGCUCUGGUUUUCAGCGGAUGAGUGUCAUAAACUUUGAGUGCAAUGAAACUGCAGGUAACGACGGGAAGGGAGAGCCUGUGUUCACCGGCGAGGUGGACUGCACCUACUUCUUCACCUGGGACACGAGGUACGCCUGUGUCAAGGAGAAGGAAGACCUGCUCUGCAGGGCCAGCGAUGGGAAGAAGCGUUACGACCUGUCUGCGCUGGCCCGCCACUCAGAAUCAGAACAGAACUGGGAAGCCGUGGUCGGCAGCCAGACGGAAGCAGAAAAGAAGCAUUUCUUCAUCAAUGUGUGUCACAGGGUGCUGCCAAAGGGCAAGGCCACAAGCUGCCCGGAGGACGCUGCUGUGUGUGCCGUGGAUAAGACUGGAAGCAAGAAUCUGGGGAAAUUUGUCUCCUCGCCCACAAAAGAGAAAGGAAACAUCCAGCUUUCUUACUCAGAUGGUGAUGAUUGUGGUGGUGACAAGAAAAUAGCAACUAACAUCACACUCAUGUGCAAGCCAGGUGAUCUGGAGAGUGGCCCGGUGUUGAGAGCUUCCAGGGAUGAUGGUUGCUUCUACGAGUUUGAGUGGCACACGGCAGCUGCCUGCGUGCUGUCGAGGACAGAAGGGGAGAACUGCACCGUCUUUGAUUCCCAGGCAGGGUUUUCUUUUAAUUUGUCACCGCUCACAAAGAAAAAUGGUGCCUACAAAGUUGAGACGGCCGAGUAUGACUUCUACAUCAACGUCUGUGGAGCAGUGUCCGAGGACUCCUGUCAGCCAGACGCCGGGGCCUGCCAGGUGGCAAAGAGUGAUAAGAAGUCGUGGAACUUGGGACUGAGUAAUGCUAAGCUUUCGUAUUAUGAUGGGAUGAUCCAGUUGAACUACAGAGACGGCACACCCUACAACAACGAAAAGCACACUCCGAGGUCAACACUCAUCACUUUUCUUUGCGAUCGAGAAGCUGGAGUUGGUUUCCCUGAAUACCAGGAAGAGGACAGCUCUACCUACAACUUUCGGUGGUACACCAGUUAUGCCUGCCCAGAGGAGCCCCUGGAGUGUGUGGUGACGGACCCCUCCACGCUGGAGCAGUACGAUCUGUCCAGUCUAGCAAAGUCUGAAGGUGGUCACGGAGGGAACUGGUAUGCCAUGGACAACUCAGGGGAGCAUGUCACUUGGAGGAAGUACUACAUAAAUGUGUGCCGGCCCCUGAAUCCUGUGCCGGGCUGUGAUCGGUACACAUCCGCCUGCCAGAUGAAGUAUGAGAAAGAUCAGGGCUCCUUCACCGAGGUGGUGUCUGUCAGUAACCUGGGAGUUGCCAAGGCGGGCCCCGUGGUGGAGGAGAGCGGCAGCCUCCUCCUGGAGUACGUGAACGGCUCAGCCUGUACCACCAGUGAUGGCCAGCUGACCACCUACAGCACCAGGAUUCACCUCAUCUGCUCCAGGGGGAGCCUGAACACCCACCCGAUAUUUUCUCUCAACUGGGGAUGUGUGGUCAGUUUCCUGUGGAAUACGGAGGCUGCCUGCCCUGUGCAGACGAUGACGGACACCGACCAGGCCUGCUCUAUAAGGAACCCCAACACUGGGUUUGUGUUUGAUCUCAAGCCACUCAACAGCUCCGAAGGAUACGUGGUCUCAGGCAUUGGGAAGACCUUUGUGUUCAACGUGUGCGGCACGAUGCCCCUCUGCGGGACCUUCGGUGGGAAACCAGCUUCUGGCUGUGAGGCAGCCACCCAGACAGGAGAGCUGAAGAACCUGAGGCCGGAAAGGCCCGUUGGAUUCGAGAAGAGCCUCCAGCUGUCCACUGGGGGCUUCCUGACCCUAACCUAUAAAGGGGCUCCUCCUGCUGACAGAGGCACUGUGUUUAUCAUCCGCUUCCUCUGCAACGCUGACGUCUACCCAGGAACCCCCAGAUUCCUGCACCAGGACAUCGACUCCACACGAGGCAUCCGCAGCACCUUCUUUGAGUUUGAGACGGCCUUGGCCUGUGUGCCUUCUCCAGUGGAUUGCCAAGUCACCGACUCGGCCGGUAACGAGUACGACCUGAGCGCCUUGAGUGCUGUCAGGAAGCCGUGGACGGCGGUGGACACCUCCGCGGGUGGGAGGAAGAGGACCUUCUACCUGAGCGUCUGCAACCCCCUGCCUUAUGUGCCCGGCUGUCAUGGCAGCGCAGUGGGGUCAUGCCUGGUGUCAGAGGACAACAGCUGGAACCUGGGUGUGGUGCAGAUUAGCCCCCAGAUGGCGGCAAACGGGUCCCUGAGCAUCGUGUAUGUCAACGGCGAUAAAUGUGGGACUCAGCGCUUCUCCACCAGGAUCACGUUCGAGUGUGCUCAGACCUCGGGGUCUCCCACGUUCCAGCUGCUGGACGACUGUGAGUACGUGUUUGUGUGGAGGACGGUGGAGGCCUGUCCCGUGGUCAGGGCGGAAGGGGACAACUGCCAGGUGAAGGACCCCAGGCACGGCAACCUGUAUGACCUGAGGCCUCUGGGCCUCCAGGACACCGUGGUGAGCGCCGGCGAGUACAACUACCACUUCCGCGUCUGUGGGAAGCUGUCCUCAGACGUCUGCCCCACCCCUGACAGGUCCAAGGUGGUCGCGUCGUGUCAGGAAAAGCAGGGGCCGGAGGGAUUUCACAAAGUGGCAGGUCUCCUUACUCAGAAGCUGACUUAUGAAAAUGGGUUGUUGAAGAUGAACUACACCGGGGGCGACACCUGCCAUCAGGUGUACCAGCGCUCCACCACCAUCUUCUUCUACUGUGACCGGACCACACAGAAGCCAGUGUUCCUGAGGGAGACUUCGGAUUGCUCCUACCUGUUUGAGUGGCGAACACAGCACGCCUGCCCACCCUUCAGUGUGAUUGAGUGUUCGUUCAAGGAUGGGGCUGGCAAUUCCUAUGACCUCUCACCCCUGUCGAGAUACAGCGACAACUGGGAGGCGGUGACCAGGACGGGGGCCACUGAGCACUACCUCAUCAAUGUUUGCAAGUCUCUGGCUCCACAGGCCGGCACUGAGCCGUGCCCUCCAGAGGCGGCCGUGUGUCUGCUGGAUGGCUCCAAGCCUGUGAACCUUGGCAGGGUAAGGGACAGUCCUCAGUGGAGAGACGGCGUCGUUGUCCUAAAGUACACGGAUGGCGACUUGUGUCCAGACAAGAUUCGGAAAAAGUCGGCCACCCUCCGGUUCACCUGCAGCGAGAGCCAAGCGAAUUCCAGGCCCCUGUUCAUCAGCGCCGUGGAGGAGUGCGAGUACACCUUCUCUUGGCCCACGGCCGCCGCCUGCCCCGUGAGGAGCAGUGUGCACGACGACUGCCAGGUCACCAACCCCAGCACAGGACACCUCUUCGACCUGAGCUCUCUGAGUGGCAGAACUGGUUUCACGGCUGCCUACAGCGAGAAGGGGCUCGUCUACAUGAGCAUCUGUGGGGACAAUGAAAACUGCGCUCCUGGUGUGGGGGCUUGCUUCGGACAGACCAGGAUCAGCGUGGGCAAGGCCAGCAAGAAGCUGAGCUACGUGGAUCAGGUGCUACAGCUGGUGUACGAGGAUGGGUCCCCGUGUCCCUCCAAGUCUGGCCUGAGCUAUAAGAGUGUCAUCAGCUUUGUGUGCAGGCCUGAGGCUGGGCCCACAAACAGGCCCAUGCUCAUUUCCCUGGACAAACAGACGUGCACCCUCUUCUUCUCCUGGCACACGCCCCUGGCCUGCGAGCAAGCGACAGAGUGUUCCGUGAGGAACGGAAGCUCCAUUAUCGACUUGUCCCCGCUCAUCCACCGCACUGGUGGUUACGAGGCCUACGACGAGAGUGAGGAUGACACCUCCGACACCAACCCGGACUUCUACAUCAACAUUUGCCAGCCGCUGAAUCCGAUGCACGGGGUGCCCUGUCCCGCAGGGUCUGCGGUGUGCAAAGUUCCAGUCAGUGGCCCCCCGAUAGAUAUUGGCCGGGUCACAGGCCCUCCAAUCCUCAAUCCAGUGGCCAAUGAAAUUUACCUGAAUUUUGAAAGCAGCACUCCAUGCCUAGCGGACAGGCAUUUCAACUACACCUCGCUCAUUGCCUUCCACUGCAAGAGAGGCGUCAGCAUGGGAACUCCUAAGCUGAUAAGGACCAGCGAGUGUGAUUUUGUGUUUGAGUGGGAGACGCCGAUCGUCUGUCCGGACGAGGUGAAGACAGAGGGCUGCGCCCUGACGGACGAGCAGUUGCUCUACAGCUUCAACCUUUCCAGCCUCUCCAGGAGCACCUUCAAGGUGACGCGAGGGUCACGCACGUAUAGCGUGGGGGUGUGCACCGCGGCAGCGGGCCCGGAGCAGGGUGGCUGCAAGGACGGUGGCGUCUGCCUGCUGUCCGGGAGCAAGGGGGCGUCCUUUGGUCGGCUGGCAUCCAUGCAGCUGGAUUACAGGCACCAGGACGAAGCGGUCAUUCUGAGCUACGUGAAUGGCGACACUUGUCCUCCAGAAACGGAGGCGGGCGACCCCUGCGUCUUCCCCUUCACGUUCAACAGGAAGAGCUACGAGGAGUGUGUCCUGGAGGGUCGGGCGAGGCUUUGGUGCAGCACCACCGCCGACUACGACCGGGACCACGAGUGGGGCUUCUGCAGGCAGACCAACAGCCACCGGACGUCUGCGAUCAUAUUUAAGUGUGACGAAGACGAGGAUGUCGGGAGGCCGCAGGUCUUCAGUGAAGUCCGUGGGUGUGAGGUGACAUUUGAGUGGAAGACGAAGGUCGUGUGCCCGCCCCGGAAGAUGGAGUGCAAGUUCGUUCAGAAGCACAAGACCUAUGACCUACGGCUGCUCUCCUCCCUCACUGGGUCCUGGUUCUUCGUCCACGAAGGAACCUCGUACUUCAUAAAUCUGUGCCAGAGAAUAUACAAGGGGCCACUGGACUGCUCGGAAAGAGCCAGCGUCUGCAAGAAGAGUGCGUCUGGUCAAGUGCAGGUCUUGGGACUCGUCCACACGCAAAGGCUGGAUGUCAUAGAUGACAAAGUUGUUGUCACUUACACAAAAGGCUAUCGCUGUGGUGAAAAUAAGACUGCGUCCUCUGUGAUAGAGCUGACCUGUGCAAAGACAGUGGGCAGGCCUGCAUUCAAGAGGUUUGAUAUCGAUAGCUGCACCUACUACUUCCGCUGGGACUCGCGGGCUGCCUGCGCUGUGAGGCCGCAGGAGGUGCAGAUGGUGAACGGGACCCUCACCAACCCUGUGAAUGGCAAGAGCUUCAGCCUUGGGGAUAUUUAUUUUAAGUUGUUCAGUGCCUCUGGGGACAUGAGAACCAACGGGGACAACUACCUGUAUGAGAUCCAGCUCUCUUCCAUCACCGGCUCCACUAACCCCGCGUGCUCCGGAGCCAACAUCUGCCAGGUCAAGCCCAAUGACGAGCACUUCAGUAGGAAAGUGGGCACCUCCGACAGAACUAAGUACUACGUGCAAGAUGGUGAUCUGGAUGUGGUGUUUGCCUCUUCCUCCAAGUGUGGGAAGGAUAAGACGAAGUCCGUCUCUUCCACCAUCUUCUUCCACUGCGACCCUCUGGUGAAGGAUGGGAUCCCAGAAUUCAGUCACGAGACCGCCGACUGCCAGUACCUCUUCUCCUGGUACACCUCGGCCGUGUGUCCUUUGGGGGUGGGCUUCGACGGCGAGAGUGCUGGACCAGACGGGCAGGGGCACAAGGGGCUCUCGGAGCGGAGCCAGGCCGUCGGGGCGGUCCUCAGUCUGCUCCUGGUGGCGCUCAUCGGCUGCCUGUUGGCCCUGCUGCUUCACAAGAAGGAGAGGCGGGAAACCGUGAUUAACAAGCUAAGCAAUUGCUGUCGAAGAAGCUCAAAUGUGUCCUACAAAUACUCAAAGGUGAACAAAGAGGAGGAGACAGACGAGAACGAGACGGAGUGGCUGAUGGAGGAGAUCCAGCUGCCGGCCCCAAGGCUGGGCAGAGAGGGGCAGGAAAACGGCCACAUCACCACCAAGUCCGUGAAGGCGGAGGCCCUCACUUCCCUGCACGGGGAUGACCAGGACAGCGAGGAUGAGGUCCUGACCAUCCCAGAGGUGAAAGUUCACUCAGGCAGAGGAGCCGGGGCCGAGAGCUCUCAGCCCGUGAGGAACGCACAGCGGAGGGCCCUUCGGGAGAGGGAGGACGAUCGGGUGGGGCUGGUCCAAGGCGAGAAGGCCAGAAAAGGGAAGCCCAGGCCCGGACAGCAGAAGACGGGGACCUCAGCCAUGCUGGCGUCCUUCCACGACGACAGUGACGAGGACCUUUUACACAUCUAACUCCGUGGUGCCUACAGGAGCGCGUGGAGCCGUGGGACAGCCAAGCACCUCCAACCAAAUAAGACUUCUACUCGAUGCUUCUAUAGUUUGCCUUUAACAAAAACUGCUCCAAAGGGAAGAGUUUUUGUGACGGGGGGAGGGUGAAGGAGGCCGCACCACUCCUUCCUGCUGGUUUACAGGCCUCGGGACAGGCCUGCUCGAGUGGCCGGCGGGCGGUACCUCGUCCUUCCCACGCUCCGCCGCUCAGCGCUGCGCCAGGGCCGGGCCGGGCAUCCGGAGCAGCGGCCGCGUCGAGGGAGACCCUUGCUGCUUCAGACCUGUAGGGUAUCUGACCAUUACUUAGCAUCUUAAUUCUCUCCCCCUAUUUAUUGACUUCGACAAUUACUCAGGUUUGCAAAAAAGUGAAAAUAGCUCCAGUUUCUUCCUGCCGGCAGGGUGGGGUCCGCGGCGAGAGGGCGGCUGUGCGGGCGGACUUGGGGGCUCGAGCUGGCCUGCAGCGUGCGCAGAGCUGGCGAGCGAGCGCCAUUCUGUCUCUUCCUUUCUGCUUCCGUUUCUCGAGGGCACACACGGUGCACAGGGUCCCCGAGUGCCUGGGUUUGGGGGUUCGCCCGUUCUAUGCCUGUGGCUCUCUGCAGGACACCUUCAACCCCAGUGGCCGCAGCACAUUCAUCAGUAUUGCUUCCGCUGGCUGGCGAGCUCCACAGCCCACCCAAAGAUUGGCUUUGUUCUUUUGUCUUUCUGUGCCUGUGAGUAGAGUUGAGAUAUCAGAGGAAGGAACUUCUCUCCAGGUUUGGGCUGUAGGUCUCAUCUCUUCAGAGUCUCAUAAUACACCACC